ACUCUAACGGCAGGGGUCAAAAUGCAAUAUAAGAAACAUACAGGGGCACGAUAUUCUUUGCGUUUGAAGCUAAAGAAGAGCAGCAAAACCCAGAGCCACACUCACUGCGAGGAUCUCAUUUCUUCUUCUUCUUUUUCUUCACAGAAAUCGAAAUCAAAUCUGAAGAAUCCAAAUGGAAGCAGAAGCUCUGAAUCACAUAAAGUACGGCGUCCCUUUCUACGGCAUCGGUUGGGUUCCCGACGGCAUCCCUCUCACCUCCUCGGAACAACCGGAGCAGGAGAACAACGAUCAGAAAACCGAGACUCGGACCGAGUCGACUCAGUCGGUUCCCGAUUCGAACCAUAUAGUAUUGGCCGGCGGCGGCGGCGAGGGCAACAGCGGCGUCAAAAACGCCGUCGUUCUCAUCCAGUUCGAUCCCGCCUCGACUUCUAUCUCCCAUGAGCCGGUGGCUAAGCUCGGGUUAGGCUCUGAUUUGCCUUACAGAAUGGCGGUUCAUCCCGGUGCUGACGGUCUGAUUUGUUCGUUUCCUGAAAGCUGCAGUUGGUUUGAAUGGGAGAAAGAAUUGAGGGAGGGAGCUCAUAAGCUAAGUGUGAAGCAAUCUGAUAGAGUACUUAAACAAUUGCAAGAUGUAGGGCAACAGUUAGCGCUGGCAUUUAACAAAGAAGGUUCGGUGCUUGCUACCGGAGGCGAGGAUGGCAAUUUAAGGGUUUUCAAGUGGCCCAGCAUGGAAAUUAUGUUCACUGAAGCUCAAGCUCAUAGAACAGUCAAGCAGUUAGAUUUCAGCCAUGACGGGAAAUUUCUUGUCUCCUUGGGACAAAGUGGCCCUGGUAGAGUCUGGGAUGUGACUUCAGCUGCAGUUGUAGCUACUUUACCAACGGAAAAGGAUGAGGUAUUUUGUGCAUGCAAAUUUUCUCUAGUGAACAAUGGGAUUGAAGUUCUACAUCUAGCAGAUAAAGAUGGAAUCAUUGUAACAUGGAACACAACCACAUGGAGGAGGGUUCGAUCCAAGCGAAUUACUCGAGAUGGCAUCACCGCCUUUGAUGUUUCGGCUGAUGGAAAGCUCCUUGCAUGCGGGACAACUGCUGGAGAUCUUUUGAUACUAAAGUCAGCCGGACUGCGGGUUCAAAAAGUCAUCCCAAAAGCACACAGUGGGUUUGUAACUGCGUUGAGUUUCUCGCAUGAUUCAAGAGUUUUGGCUUCCACAUCAAUGGACUCAAGUGCAAGGGUGUCCACACUUGAGGAAGUGAAGAAAAGUGGAGUGAGCUUAUGGGUUGUUAUACUCAUUAUCCUAGUAUCCAUUCUCGCAUAUUUCCUAAACGAUCCUGAGAGCUGGACAAUGUUGAAGUCUGAAUUGGAGAAAGUUUACAGCUUGUGGCGUUGAAAGGACUUUAAAUUUGCAGAAAGAACAGUUCGGGUGCUCGUCAUUGUACCAAUACAGUGGUGGUUUUGAUAGCCUGUUAUAGGAUAAUAGCUGGGGUGGGAUGUUUAGGUUCACUCGAGCCCAACCCAUUUUUAGUAUGAUAAACAGAAGCUCUUUGAAUUGUUUAUAUCGUCUCUCUUCCUAAGUUUAUCACAAAAAAUACCAUAUUUUUUCAUAUUAUAUGAUCGUGAUUCUUUUUUU